AUGGCUACUAGGAAUAAAAGAAAGAGGGAAAGUAGCGAUUCGAUCAGUUCUUCCGAUGGCGAAAAGCAUUCAAGCAGCCAUCAUAAAAAGCAUAAAAAGAAACAAGAAAGCGAUCGCAGAAAUGUCAAAGAUAUAGGUCCUGACGAUUUUUACAAUAAAAACUCCGAAUUUCGGACAUGGUUAAUUGAGAAAUAUGGCGCCCAUUUUGACAGUUAUUCUAGUAGCAAGGCAAAGAAAAUGUUUAAAAAGUUUUGUAAGAAAUGGAAUAAAGGAAAAUUAAAUGAGAAAUAUUAUAAUGGAAUUCAACCAUCCACUAUAGAACGUGAAGCUAGGACGGGCUACAAAUGGAAGUUCGCAUCUGAUAUUGAUGAUAUCAAAUUAGGAUCUGUGAAAGAUAAAGUUGGUAGUUGGACUAAAGGUAAAGGUGUAGAGUUACAACUAGGCGAUAAUAAAACACAUCCUAAACAUGUUGGCGACGCAGAAUCGAUCAAGCCAAUUCAAGGACCAGCUGCUGGCCCUAGAAUAUCUACAGCAUCACAAGCUGAUAAAGAAGAAUGGAACGAGUACGAAAACUACUUCAAUAAAAAAAGAUCUAAAAAUGCUAAGGAGCAUGACAAAAUGGUUUUAGACGAAUUAUUGCCAAAAGCUACUGGAAGAGAAGCCGUAAUAGAAAAAAGGAAGGCGAGAUCGGAAACUAGGCGACAUAGAGAUGUUAGCCCAGGGGUGUCGGAAUCAUUUUUAAUGGGCUCAAGCGGGCCUGACAUCGAGAGAAAUAAGCGAAAACGAGAGGAAAGAAGGGUUAGACGAUACCAUGAAGCCGUAGAGAAAGUUAAAGGUUAUCAAGAAAAAGAAAAGUCUCGGAUGGCAGAGCUGUUGGCACUUGCUCGCGCGACAAAAAGUGAGAACGCCUUAUGGUAG